GGCCGCGCCCCCUGCGCUGCCAACCCGCGAGCCCGCAUCAUGGAUGUCGAGCUCCCCUAUUUCGCAUUGCUAGCCCUGGAAUUCGAGACCCCAGACGAAGACCAGGAUUCAUGAAUCAGUCGCAGGGGCCGGGGCAGGGGCCUCUGGCUCCCGACACUGGCCGAGAGGUGGGUUCCGGGGCGGGUCGCUGCUCCUUGAAGCCGGGCGGGGACGCGCUGCCCCCGCCCUACCUCCCUGUGGUCCACACCCCCUUUGGGCUCCGGAGCCGCUGGGCAGGAAUAGUCCGGGGUGCGCGCGAGCAGGCGCUGCCAACCCCACUUCUGCCCGGGAUUCCGAUCUGAGGAGCAGGAGGACCGGGGCGCCGGUGUCCUGCCGCCUCUUCCUCCUUGCUCUCACCUGCGCCUAUUAGUCCACGCGCCUUCAAGGCCAGGGGCUACAGCCCAGAGAGGGGACAGCAGAGGGAGAGAGAGCACCUGAGGAUACAGAGCUGGCACUGGACUGCCUUUUCACCCCCCAGGUGAUGAGUGAGGUUCGAAGAACCGAAGAUUUAAAAAGCAGCCGGGGCCUCCGUAUUGAAUGAAAGACCCAGUGCAAAGACAUCACCAUGAACACUAGCAUUCCUUAUCAGCAGAAUCCUUACAAUCCACGGGGCAGCUCCAAUGUCAUCCAGUGCUACCGCUGUGGAGACACCUGCAAAGGGGAAGUGGUCCGUGUGCACAACAACCACUUCCACAUCAGAUGCUUCACCUGUCAAGUAUGUGGCUGUGGCCUGGCCCAGUCAGGCUUCUUCUUCAAGAACCAGGAGUACAUCUGCACCCAGGACUACCAGCAACUCUAUGGCACCCGCUGUGACAGCUGCCGGGACUUCAUCACAGGUGAAGUCAUCUCGGCCCUGGGCCGCACUUACCACCCCAAGUGCUUCGUGUGCAGCUUGUGCAGGAAGCCUUUCCCCAUUGGAGACAAGGUGACCUUCAGCGGUAAAGAAUGUGUGUGCCAAACGUGCUCCCAGUCCAUGGCCAGCAGUAAGCCCAUCAAGAUUCGUGGACCAAGCCACUGUGCCGGGUGCAAGGAGGAGAUCAAGCACGGCCAGUCACUCCUGGCUCUGGACAAGCAGUGGCACGUCAGCUGCUUCAAGUGCCAGACCUGCAGCGUCAUCCUCACCGGGGAGUACAUCAGCAAGGAUGGUGUUCCAUACUGUGAGUCCGACUACCACGCCCAAUUUGGCAUUAAAUGUGAGACUUGUGACCGAUACAUCAGUGGCAGAGUCUUGGAGGCAGGAGGGAAGCACUACCACCCAGCCUGUGCCAGGUGUGUACGCUGCCACCAGAUGUUCACCGAAGGAGAGGAAAUGUACCUCACAGGUUCCGAGGUUUGGCACCCCAUCUGCAAACAGGCAGCCCGGGCAGAGAAGAAGUUAAAGCAUAGACGGACAUCUGAAACCUCCAUCUCACCCCCUGGAUCCAGCAUUGGGUCACCCAACCGAGUCAUCUGCGACAUCUACGAGAACCUGGACCUCCGGCAGAGACGGGCCUCCAGCCCGGGGUACAUAGACUCCCCCACCUACAGCCGGCAGGGCAUGUCGCCCACCUUCUCCCGCUCACCUCACCAUUACUACCGCUCUGCUGGAGACAGUAACAUCUACCGGAAACCCCCGAUCUACAAACGGCAUGGUGAUUUGUCUACAGCAACCAAGAGCAAAACAAGUGAAGACAUCAGCCAGACCUCCAAGUACAGUCCCGUCUACUCGCCAGACCCCUACUAUGCUUCGGAGUCUGAGUACUGGACCUACCAUGGGUCCCCCAAAGUGCCCCGAGCCAGAAGGUUCUCAUCUGGAGGAGAGGAGGAUGAUUUUGACCGCAGCAUGCAUAAGCUCCAAAGUGGAAUUGGCCGGCUGAUUCUGAAGGAAGAAAUGAAGGCCCGGUCGAGCUCCUAUGCAGAUCCCUGGACCCCUCCCCGGAGCUCCACCAGCAGCCGGGAGGCCCUGCACACAGCUGGCUAUGAGAUGUCCCUCAAUGGCUCCCCUCGGUCGCACUACCUGGCUGACAGUGAUCCUCUCAUCUCCAAAUCUGCCUCCCUGCCUGCCUACCGAAGAAAUGGGCUGCACAGGACGCCCAGCGCAGACCUCUUCCACUACGACAGCAUGAACGCAGUCAACUGGGGCAUGCGAGAGUACAAGGUAAAGGAUGUGCAUAGACCUGGGGGUCUCCAGGAUUCUUGGAGCCGCUACACUGGGGAUCACCAGGAGGAUGACAGCACUGUCUGUAUCUACCCUUAUGAACUGCUGCUGGUGACUACAAGAGGAAGAAACCGACUGCCCAAGGAUGUAGACAGGACCCGUUUAGAGCGCCACCUGUCCCAGGAAGAGUUCUACCAAGUCUUUGGCAUGACCAUCUCUGAGUUUGACCGGCUGGCCCUCUGGAAGAGGAAUGAACUGAAGAAGCAAGCCCGGCUGUUCUAGGCAGAGGCUCUAUAAAUAUAUAUGCAUUUAUAUAAAGAUAUAUGUAAAAUCUCUCUACUGAAGCUCGGUAUAAUCCUCUCUUGUGUAAUGGGACACACUGCCUGCCAUGAGACUUGCUUUUCUGUACUGUCAGGCAAGCCCACGUCAUCGAGAUAUUUUUAUGCUCCUUACUUUCUCUUUUCUAAGUGCUGUGGGAUCUGGGAAGGGAUUUGAGGGGACUCUGUCCUUUUAUUGGGGAUCCUUUUUAUACUGAAACAUCUGUCCUAACUUGAGUGCCCCAAGGUCCAACUCUCUUUCCUAAAGAAGGUGCCUGAAGAAGUCUUUCUUCUCUCUGCUUCGUGGCCCCUUUCUUAAAUUUCUAGGGCUGACGCUGACCAUGUGGUUUCCAUACCUUAUUGGCCCCAGAGGGGCCCUCCCAUGGGAAGAUCUGCAGCAGUCUCCCCAAAUCAAUGAGCGCCUUUGAGCGCCCACGAAGAACUUUCUCAACACCCCCAAUUAGGAGCUCAGUGCUCUUUGGGGGCAAUGCAGUUAAAAGUGUGAGCCUCAAAUCUAGUCACUACACCAGUCAACAGAAGUGGACAGGGCCUAGGCCUCUCCUCAGCUCCUUAACCCUCCUCCUUCUGCCCUGGAUUGUAACCUCUCCCUUGUCCAAAUCUAGGAUUCAUGGUAGGAAAAGGAAAAGGCCUUUCCCUUCCCUCCACCACUUCCAACUGGCCCCUUUGCCUGACCUGGACUUGGAGAACCAGAGGAAAGGAGAGGGAGCGGAAGUGGGAGAUAGAGCAGGGCACCUGUUAGAAUCAGAGCUGCAGGAUUUCUUGGGACCCUCCUCUCUCCCUCACUGCUCCCAGCACCUCCUGACCCUUCCCCCUUUCAAGGAGAGGCCCAUGAUUGCAGCUUGUAUUCUUUAGCCUUAUUACAAUCUAUGUGCCUGACAACUCAACACACUGCAGGGCUAAUGUUCCCACCAGAGCUCCAACUGAACAACCAGACAGACAACUCUCAUCACUCUCCAGAGAGAAAAUAGGCCAUGUCCCAAAGAAAGGUUCUUGGUCUAUGCCUCUGGUCUGUGGGCUGGCAAGGCAACCAUACCAUACCCCCGCCAGUCCUCAGCUCCUGCUGCAAAGUUGGCCAUGUUUCACGGGGAAACUUUUGGAAGAGUGGCUGCUUAUGAGAUUCCAAAAUGAAGUGUUGGCCAACACCACUCAUGGCCAUCCUGGAUUUUCCCGGUGGCUCCCUUUCCUGCUCGCCUCCCUGAACAGGGGAGAAAGCUUAACCUCUCUUCUCCUCUCCAAACCUUUCACCUUGAGUGGGUAAUGUUUGGUGGGGGCUGUUCCUUCUUGGAGAUGCCUUGAGUCGGACCAUUUUGAGAUCAUGGAGGAAGGAUGAAGAAGUGAAAAUGACAAUAAUGACUCUCAAGAGGCUGGUGAUGUGACAUGGCAAAUGUAGAACUGACUUAAAUUGAACAAACCCUCACUGAGCACCUCUGAUGUUGAGCACCUGCUGAAUACUGAGCACUGAAUGGGGGAGGGGGAGGGAAGCAUGGGGUGAGUCAACCUGGGACUCGGUCUCAGGGAUAUGCCUACCAAUAGCGGGUAUCAUAAGGCAUGUACCCAAACAUAACGGAUGUAAGGCAGAAAGUGAUCGGAGAAGGAAAGAGAAAGUGUGUGUGAUGUUAAUGAAAAGUCAUAUGCAGUUAGAGCAGACCAAGGAAAGCUUUCUGGAAGAGAUUGCAUCUGAGGAAAUUCAGGAAGGAUCUUUGUAGAUUGGGAGGAGAUUCUAAAUUGAAGGGGUGAUAGGGUGAGGGGCCAGAGGGAAGUCUGCUGUGUUCUCAUGUAGGAUGUCAGCCCUCCCUGCAACUUCUCUUUUUGGCCAAUGUCUUUUCACUUUCCUGACCCUUUAGAAUCAUCCCCAGCCAGACGCAAUCAUGGAAGCUGCCUCAUUGUCACUGGUUAAGAACUUGGCAAGAUUGAAGGGCUUUUGUUAUUGUUGUUGGAUAUUUUUGUUUCCCAUAAAAGCACAUCAUUUCAACCCUAAA